AUGGCAAUGUACGACAACGAUCAAACUUAUCUUAAGACUCUUUCCAAUAUUUCUUAUGCAAUUAUCAACAAACCCCAGGAUCUCAAUUUAGUGGAAACUACAAAACUCCUCUUACCUAUACCAAUCCAGGAUGAUUCAGAAAGAUUGAUUAAUAUAUCUGCGAAAUUAUCAACUAUCACCGAGCUAUUUCAACAUGCUGCCCACCCCGAGGAUCAUCUAACUUGUAUAUGCAAUAAGGUUAUUAGCGAGGGACUAAUCCCUAAAUUAAAGAGAAUUACAGUUAAUAAUGGAACCAUUAAAUUUACACUUUUAUUAGAAAUUCCCGACGGCUGCUAUUCAGCAAAUCCUGCAAAUGAUCUUCGAUGUCACCCUGCAAAUUCCAUCUACUACCAGGAUCACACAAACAUUAGAUUUCCUAAAACAAGUUCUCCACAAUUGCCGAGAGAGUUGACGGUAAAUUGCUUAAAAGAUAUCGUCGAUAAUCGUGAAAAUUUAUCAUCAAAGUAUAUUAUCGCUAUGCAAAAUAUUUCGUUGUUUUCUGGCUUUUAUCACUCGGCACGUAAUGAAGCAGGUUCUAAAAUUGGCAAGUCAGUUAUGAAUGAUUACGCUUGUAGCAGUAGUCUGCUUCGGAAGUUGAUGUUAUGCCUUUUUGCAAGUCUACGGAUCGUUUUAAGCUGUGAAGUAAAUAAAUCUACAGACCAAACUGAUGAAGACUUAGUUUUUCGGUCCAUAGAAAGCAUCAUAUACUAUCUACAUGUUUUUCAUGAUAUUGUCGCAACUGGUAAUCCUAUGUCUACUAGUCAGGAUAAUUGCAACGAUACAACUGGUCUAGCGAAAACUUUGGUCAAUACUUUUAUUGAUGAAGACGAUUCUUUAGUUCAAAUUAUUUUAUGGCUUCUGGAUGUUUAUUCUGCCGUGAAAAUUUUCUCAAAUUCUUGUAGUUGUAGGUUGGCUAUAGCAUUGGCUCCUUUAGAAACCUUUAUGUCACAACUUCAACCUGAUUUGGUCUUUAUAUUAUUAAUUAAAUAUUUUUAUUACGAUCAUACAGUGCUUUUGGAUAUGUUGAUAUCCAAUGAAACUAAUUUUCUAGAAUGCUUCGUAAAAUAUUUAAAAUUCAUAAUUCAAGACUGGGAUAAUUUUCGUAAAGCUCAUGAUAGCCUUUCCGACACGUCACUAAUUGCUAACGAGCAUCUCGCAGAUAUUGAGGCAAUCAAUGUUAGCGAGCAUUCUAAUAUUGAAAUAAGAGGGGAUCAUUAUAAUGAGACAGAUCUUAGCCAGGCAAUGUCAGUGAACGAAAUUCAUGACGUGAAGCAUCAUUACGACAUAAGUUUGCUAUCAUCAUUUGAAAAUUAUUCAAAAGAUACUGAGAAUGGUGAUGACGUAUCUUCAAUAUCAUCGUUGGAAGAACUUUACAGCCAAAGUAUAUCAUCAAUAUCUUCAUCUGAAUCUUUUAGUAGUACGAGAGACUGCGAGUACACUUUGGAUAAAACUAUGGCGGUUUUAAUCCGCUUAAAUUUAGCCAUUGAAAGAUUAAAAGAAAAGGAUCUGUUUCCGUACUGUCCGGAUGCAUUGCUAAAACUACUUUCUCAAGUUGAAGAAUUAUACGAAGCCGGCUAUUAA